UAUUGAUCUUUCUCUUUGUGAUUGAUUUCUUUUUGUUCUUCUUUAUAUUCAUAUAUUCAUUAUUUGAGUGGUUGAUUAAUAUUAAGGAAAUGGGAAGGGCACCGUGUUGUGACAAAUCAAAAGUGAAAAGAGGGCCAUGGUCUCAUGAAGAAGAUAUUAUCCUAAAAAACUACCUUGAGAAAAAUGGCACAGGUGGUAAUUGGAUAGCUCUCCCUCAAAAAGCAGGUCUAAAGCGUUGCGGAAAGAGUUGUCGUCUAAGAUGGUUGAACUAUCUUAGGCCUCAUAUCAAGCUUGGAGGUUUCACUGAAGAGGAAGACAAUAUUAUCUCAACUCUUUAUGGCACCAUAGGAAGCAGGUGGUCCCUUAUAGCUGCUCAACUACCAGGAAGAACAGAUAAUGAUGUGAAAAAUCAUUGGAACACUAAACUAAAGAAAAAGUUUUUGGCACAAUACUCAUCUAAUAUUGCCACAAACAACAACAAUUACACUAAUUCUAGUACUAGUACUAGUUUUGACCACUUCUCAACUUUGACUUUUCAACCUCAAAUUAAUGAACCAUUUAUCUAUGAUCAAAAGAUAAAUCUAGCUUCUUUUGAUGACUCCAACAAGGUUUUGGAUUUGGAGCAAACACAAAUUCAUAAUUCAUUACCCAUGACAAUGGAAUCAGAAGCUUUUUAUAGUGGAAGUAGUUUGAGUAGUAGUUGUAAUACGCCGACUACAAAGGAAAUUUCGACUAUUUCAAUUUCAAAUGCGCGUUUUGUUGAAGAACAGAACAAUAUUCAUAGUCAAUGGUUUGAAUACGACAAUGAUGAUUCAAUUCUACUUGAAUUUGCUCUUGAUGAUAUACUUAAUCAAGACAAAGUUGCUCAUUCAUCUGACUAAUUAACUAAGACUCUCAAAUUUAUCAAAAAUUUGAAGGAAAAAAAUUUCAUUACGAUUAAGUUAUUUAUAUUU